UGUUGGUAAGCGAGAAUACUUUGCUGAGCUGAGUAGCAGCAGCAGCUAUACACAUAGGCAAAGGCUGGCCAAAUGCGAGAGGCAUCGUUGGCCACAUGUCUCCCCGAGCCGCUUGUCCAUUGACAAAAAAAGUCCGAAAACGCCGAGUGUUUACGUAAUCGAAAUUUAUCUAGUUACGUGCCACGUUCCGUCAAUUAACUCUUCAAUAUAAUCAUUAAAAUCGUGUGGACAAGUGUUACUUCCUUUAUCCCUUUUUUUUCAAAAAAUAAUAUUUUAUAAAAAAUUCCCACCCCGCGUGAUAAUCGAGUUCACUCUUUCUCUCUCUCACACUCUUUCUUUCUUUCCUUUUCUCUCUCUCUCUCUCUUUCUUUCUCUCUUUAUCGUGCGUGAGUGUGUGUGCAAAUUAAAAACGUAAUAUCAUCGCGAGACACGAGUCUUUCUUUCCUUUUUAUUUUUCACACAAACGAGGGAUUUUAUCAUUGAAAUCGCGCCGUCUGCUAGUCACGUACUCGCGUCGUUCGUAUUCUCGGCCUCGUGUUCAUUAAAACCCCCCUAACCAAUAAUUCAAAUUUAAAUUUUCUCUCUAAUUUUGAAAAUUUUUCCAUUAUAAGUGAUUGGAAAAAUAAAAGGCAAAGUGCGGUGAAAAUAGGAAACUGUUAACCGGUGUGUGAGGUGAAUUGUUACGAACCUAACCUCAAAAAAAAGGAAUUGUUCUAGUUUCAUUUUUUUUUUUGAUCGCGAUCAAUAUUAUCGCCCUAAUAUGGAGUGUAAUUGUUGAAGAAAGAAAAAAAAAUCCCGUUUUAGGGUUUGUGAAUUAAAUUGAGGAACUGGUGGGUGUGCGGGGGAGCUAACUGGGCUUUCCUGGACCUCGUGUUUUUCUCUCGAUUGCCAAGAUGGCGGCGAGGGUGAGCGGCCAGAGCAGUAACGAGUCAAGUGAGCUCCCCGGUCCUGGUGUUUCAUACGCGAGUGUUCUCAAUUUACAAAGGACCAAGGACCAUGCAAAUAAGGAGAAUAUAUCAUCAACAACAACAACAUCAUCAUCAUCAUCAUCUCAUACAGUUAAAGAAAAUCAUGACAUUAAUAAAGAAACAAAAGGGGCGGGGAAAAUUUUACAAAAGAAAAAAUGUAUUACGCCCCUGAAUCAACCACUAAAUAUUGAGACAAAUUCACACCACGAGGUUCAUCAUAAUUCGAAUAAUGAGAAUUUAUCGGCGGCAGUAGCGAAAGAUGAAAAAAUUGUCGUCGUUGUUGCCACGUCGAGAAAGGAAUUGAUAAAUGGCGAGGUGGGAAGUGACGGGGAAUUUCAGACAGUGGCACCAAAGAGUGCGCGAAGAAAGGAGAAAUUACGAGAACACAGAGAUCAACAUAGAGAGAGACAUCGAAAUCGUGGUGAGAGACAUCAGCAGAGAGCGCACAGUGGCGGUAGUAAAGAUAGAUUUAAAGAGAGAACAUCACAGGACAAGGAGAAGGAUCAUAAAGAUAAUAAUGAGGAGGGCGAGGAGCAACCGGUGAAAUAUGUCGAGGCACCAUUACCGGCCAUUAAUCCAUGGAUCAAAUGUAAGAAUUCCAAUGUUUCAAGUCCAGCACCAAUUCCAGUUCCGGUUCCGGUUGUCGUUAGCGAGCAAAGAGCCGAGCGGGAGAAGAGAGUUCUUCAACCUCAACAACAGCAAAUCAAACAAAUUGAAAAUGGAGUCGCACCAGUGGUUCAACCGACGAUUGUCAGAGCUCCGAAGGACAGGAGAAAAAUAAAUCAGAAGGCAAGUGACUUUUCUGAUAUUUGUGACUGGCCUUCAUUAGGAGCUCAGGGAGAAAAGAAACCAGUUGUGUCAACGCCAAAACAAAAUGGUAUCGAGCAAAAUAAUUCUAAGGAGAAUCAUGCAAACACAACUGACAACAAAGGCAAGGAAAAUAAGGAGCAAAAUCAUUGCCAGGAUGACAGUGAUGAACACACCGACGUCAAUGAUAAGAGAAAAAAAGUCAAUAAACAAAAAUGGGUCCCUCUGGAAAUCGAUCUGGCGAAAAAUAGAAACAAGAGAGUGCGAUCUCCAAAAUUUCGCAGCCAAAGAGAUAAAACUGAGGAAGAAAACUGGAGGGACAGAGAUGAGAGAUCAAACUACAAUUACAGAGGAAGAGGAGGUCGAAGUUAUCGUGGCCGUGGAAGAGGUCGUGGAUCAUCUCGUGGCGGUUACAGAAAUCGAAAUGAACAAGAUUUUCCCGAAUAUCUCAUCAAUUACUCUCAGACUCCGAAAUAUGGCCAAACGGAUCCAUUCAUGAUGCCUUAUGUUGGAACAUUUUAUUUUAAUAACGCCAAUUAUUUGGAUCUUGACAACAUCACAUUGAAGGAAUAUAUUAGAAAACAAAUAGAAUAUUACUUCAGUGAAGAGAAUCUAAUGAGAGAUUUCUUCCUGAGAAGAAAAAUGGACGCACAAGGAUUUCUGCCAAUCACUUUGAUAGCAUCUUUCCAUAGAGUUCAGGCACUGACGACAGACGUCGCUUUGGUGAUUGAAUCAAUUACCGAGUCUGAUAAAUUGGAAAUGGUUGAAGGUUUUAAAGUGAGGACAAUCAUUGAUCCUCUGAAAUGGCCAAUUUUAGAUUCAGCGGGUAAUCCAAUAUUCGCUGAUUCCGCUGAAAUGGCAUCGCAUCCACAAAAUGAAAUGAAUAACGAAAUAAUGUUUCCUACGGUGCAAUCGGAAUUUUGUCCCGUUGCACAGCCAUUAACGACAAUACCAGCGCCACCAGUGCCCAAAGUUUAUACUGUUAUUGUGCCGGCCGAAGUUGUUGGUCGUCUCAGUGAAUCGGAAAGUGUCUCAUCAUCAAUUGGUGGCGAUUGUUUAAAUCCCGAUGUGCCCGAAUUUGUUCCCGUUAUUCAUGCGAAAAUUGAUGGACAACGUGAGACGGACAAUGAUAAUUAUGAGAGAAUUGAGGAGGCGAAGAAUAAAAAAGCAAUUACCAAUAAGGAGGCAGGCAAGUCGGAGAGAAAAGAUGGAAAGUCGAAGAAACGCGAUGAGAAACGUGAAAAUCUACUGAAUGGAAAUAAGGAUUCUGAUGAAGUUUGGAAAGAGGUGAAGAGAAGGGUGAAACAGCCUUCGAAAGGCAAGUCAGAGGAAAAGGAAAAGAAGGAGAAGGCAGAACUAGAAGAAUUGGAUUUUCAGUUUGAUGAGGAGCUCAACACUCCACCUCCAACUGGUCGUCACAAUGCAUUUUCCGAAUGGUCUGAGGACGAUGACGAUUGCGAACUUUCGGAUGGUGACAUUAAUAAAUUGUUGAUUGUCACACAAACAUCGGCAGCGAUUUCGUCGCGAAUUCCAAAACAUGAGGGACACGAUCGCACCGGCGAUUGGACGACGCGAGUGAAAAUGAGUCAAGAACUCGAGCAGGCAAUAAACGAUGGACUUUUCUAUUACGAGGAGGACCUUUGGACCGAGGAUGGAACGAGGUAUGGAUCGUUGUCGUCAAUUGGAAGCUACAAGACUGUGAAUAUUAUCAGUCAGGAAGUUUUCGAAAAAAUUGCCCCUAAAGCGCCACGCAAAGCGAAUCCGGAAGUUCCUCCGCCUCCACCUUCAGUCGAUGAUGUCGAAGUGCAACAAGUCACCUUUGCACCUACGCCGAUUGUUGAGGGACAGGAGAAGAGGGAGCGUAAAGGUGAGAAGGCAGGACGACGAUCGGGUCGUGGAAUUGUCAGCGGAAGAAGAGGAGCCGUUCCUCGAUUCUUCGCUGUCGUUAAAGAUGAACCUUCCUUUGAUCCUCGAACUCCAAGGAAACGUAAAACUCGCCACAGCAAUAAUCCACCUGUCGAGCAUCAUGUCGGUUGGAUUAUGGACGUCAGGGAACACAGGCCUCGCACAUAUUCCACUGGAAGUAGCGCUGGAACGAGUCCAAACGAGGGAUUUUUGGCCAGUAGCUAUGGAAGUGCACCGCAAUCGCUUCCAACAUUUCAUCAUCCUAGUCAUGCGUUACUCAAAGAAAAUGGAUUCACUCAACAAGUUUAUCAUAAAUAUCAUUCACGUUGCUUAAAGGAGCGCAAGAGACUUGGAAUUGGACAAUCGCAGGAGAUGAAUACACUCUUUCGAUUUUGGUCAUUUUUCCUGAGGGAAAAUUUCAAUCGCACAAUGUACGAGGAAUUUAGAAGUUUGGCAAAGGAAGACGCGUGCGAGGGCUAUCGCUAUGGUCUCGAGUGCCUUUUCCGCUUCUACAGUUAUGGUCUCGAGCGAAAAUUCAGACCGCAACUCUACAAAGACUUUCAAACUGAAACCGUUACCGAUUAUGAAAACGGACAAUUGUAUGGUCUUGAGAAAUUCUGGGCGUUCAUGAAAUAUUACAAACACGGGAAGGAACUUGAUGUCGAGCAAAAACUUAAGGAUCAUCUUUCAAACUUCAACAGCAUUGAGGACUUCAGAGUUGUUGAGCCUCAAAUAAAUGAAGUCUCGAGAUCACAAGCGUCAAAGCGUCGCAAUCGCAGCUACUCGGAAUCGGCCGGUGCAAAUGAAGCGUCACCAACACGUCGUGUGCGUUGCCUUUCAGGUGGCUCGAGUACCGUCACUCUCGAGGCCUCCACCUCAAGUUCAGGUCCAUCGCAACCAAAAUUACGAUUCGAGACAUCGUCAACCGCCUCUCAAUAUCGUAAUCGCACUGGCUCCUUUGGUUCCGGUCGACUCACUCAUUCCAAACGACGAAGCGAUUCAUCGAGUCAACGCGAUCUCGACAAACAAUUUGGUAAUCGACACAAAACACAAGAAACAACUAAAUUUCUUCGACAACAACAACAACAAAUUACAAAAUCUGAUAAACCGAAAACAGAAUCAGUCGUCACAGUUGCAGCGCAAAAGUGACACGUUUUUUUCAAAAUUAACGGUCAACUUCAAAAUUCAAUUUGAAACAAAUUGCCCCUCCCUCUUCUUUGUUUUCGAAUUGUUGGUCAUUCGUCUUCCAUUGGCGAAUAGAGAGAGAAAAAAAUUCCUUUUAAAGUGACGUUUUUCUUUUUUUUUUUAUACAAAAACGAUUUCACUUUUUAAUGAAUUGAUUACAUUUAAAAAAAAAAUUUGUUUUUUUUAAAAAUGUUUUACCACUGUGAAAUGAAAGGGCAGAAAUUUUGAACCGAUGCGCAAAAUAAAACAAAAAAUUGAUUGUUAGACGGAUUUUCGAAGAGUUUUUGAGAAAAGCAAAAACAAAAAAAAAUAAAUUAUUUUCUUAGUUUUUAGAGAUCAUAGAGAAAACAACAACAACAAAAAAAGAGGUAAAAACUUUUUUCUUUAGGAAUUAAGAGUGGUGUGUGUAGAGGAAUAUUUUUGAUUUUUCUUCUUCUUAGAAUUCUGAUGAAAUGAGACGAAAAACCAUUUUUUUUUUGACGCACUUUCAAAUAAGAUAGAUGUAGAUUUUUUUCCUUUUCUCUUAUUCUUAUUACCUUAUAAAGCCUAGAAGUUGUUAUUAUUACGACUAAUUUAAUUAUCGUAAGUAUUAGACAUUGAAUUACGUUUUUUAAAAUUUAAUAAUUAAAUUUCUUCCCCCCCCCCCUCCCCCCGCGAUAUUAAACGUCAUUCGUAACAUUUUUGUUUCUCCAUUUUAGAAAAUUUUGUUUUAAAUAUUUUUUUUUAUAUACAUAUAUAUUUUUUUUAAGCAAUCGAAGGGGACCUGCUUUUUUCCUCAUUGACACUUUUGGGAACGCCAGUCAAUUCAAGACGUGACAUUCCGUUUGUUAGUUGCAAAUUUCAAAAAAAAAAAUAUAUAUAUAGGAAUUUGAUUAGCAAACUUUCAUAAUUUGCUUUUCUUUAUUUUUUGUCUUUGAUCAGAAAAAAAAAAAUUUUUUUUCUUAAAUAAAUUUAUUAAAUUAGAA